AUGCCUAUGGUCAAUCACUAUCCGCAAACUUCCUUGAAUGAUGACUUCAUUAAUGCAACGCCCCCGACCCACCAGUCCUUGCAACGCCCUUUUGUCGAGGGGAAUUCAGCCAACCAAAUCUCAUAUCCAGCUCUCGACCAACCUCCGUACCCUGUAUGGGAACAGAGAGAAGGCAGGGACUUUGGUCAUUCGUCUAAUUAUGAGUUUCCUGCAUAUCAUCUACAUGCUACUGCGACUCUCCGGUUGGCUGCAUCAGGUCCUCUGCCCUCGAGUAAGGCAGAUGUGACGGCCGCCUCUGCACCACCUCUUAUCACCACCCCUGCUCAUCCAAUCACCGGCCGUUAUACCUGCUCCUAUCCCACCCGCGCUCAAGACUUCAAGCGCUCAUCAGAUCGUCUUCAACAUAUCUCAUCAGUUCAUCAACGCGGCCAGACAAAUCAAGGAAAGAACCUCUGCCCUGUUGUUGGAUAUCGUCAAAGCUACGGGAGAGGACUUUGUCGUCCAGACAAAUUUAAUAACCACUUGAAAAAAGUCCACGGUCUUGUUACAGUUACUCCAAAUAGCGGUGCUGCUUCUGCUGGCUCUUCUGUACACGGUACUGGCAACAGCUCUAAUGUCGCCGGUAGAGCUGUUGCUUUGGCCGGAAACGGAAAUUGA